UUGACGUUCUUUCAUCCCUAAAAUUUCAAAGAAUGGCUUUUCUUUGUCCGGUGCGCAUACGCCGCGGAACGAAGAAGAAAUCUGGUGUUCACAAUUUCAAUCUAGAGAGAGAUGGCCUGGGGGGCUCCAGCAUUGGGCUGGGGUCCAACAGGGCCACAUUACCACCAGGACGUAUCACGGGAAGCGCUAGUAUUGAAACCCUAGUGAGAGUUGGUAUCGAAAAGGAGAAUGGCCUGUCACCAGACAGCAAAAUGGUCAUUGUUCAUGACUUCACGCCCUGCGUCGAUGACGAGCUUCAAGUCAAACGUGGACAGGUAGUAAAUAUUUUGUACAGAGAGAACGACUGGGUUUACGUUAUUGCUGCUGACACGAGAAUGGAAGGAUUCGUGCCUCACUCCUACUGCGCCCCUUACACAUCCCAACUCGCUGAGCAAACACUCGCGAGUCUCAUGAAUAACAUAAAGAAAAAAUUGCCGCGAUCUCACGAGGGGGAUGGGGAUCUCGUCAACAAUGGACGAUCCCAAGUCGAGUCCCAGCACACGGACACCGGGUCCGCGUCGGACUGCGAGAGUUAUAUUCGAAAUAUAACGACCGCUGACGUUAAUGUCAAUCGGGCGCACAUGACUCAGUCGCAGAACUCAAUUCAAACGACGCCCCAGCCUGACGUUCAUCCCUUUUUCAAGGACCCCUCAGCAGGGAGAUACAUUGUCCUCUACACCUUCGUCGCCCGAGACGAAAACGACGUAAGUGUGGAGAGGGGUGAGUUCGUAACAGUCCUGAAUCGUGACGAUCCGGAUUGGUUUUGGGUGCUGCGACACUGUGAUGGCAACGAGGGAUUCGUCCCAUCAGGUUUUGUAUAUCCUGGACACGUACUGCAUUCAUAUGCGACUACUGGGACCACUACAACAACGACUACAGUUGCUAGUGAUGUCUCGCAUGUAUUAGGCCAUAGGAACGGGGCAUCCAACGAUCGACAAUUGCAGCAAAAAGAUCUGCGGGACUUCCGGGACGAAGCGAGUGGGACUGAAUUAGUUGUGCUAUACGAUUACAAGGCGCAGGCGCCAGACGAUCUAUCCGUGAAACGGGCGGACUGGAUUUACGCCGAUCUCGGGAAUCAGACGGUCGAUGGUUGGCUGUGGGCCUAUGCCCCAAAAACCAGAAAAUAUGGCUUUAUCCCGAAGGCAUACGCUCGCCCUCCUGCCAUGACAAGCUUGUAACUAUCAGACAUUUCAUACAUUCGGUCUUCGCGUUUUUCGAUAGGACGAUGGAGCAUUUCGGUG